AUGAUUGGAACAACCUUUAAUUGGGCACAACCAUCGAACAUGUUUUCUUAUUUCAAUCCCUCAACUUCGCCAGAUGAAAACAUUCCAAACGGAAUUGUUCGAAAACGCCGACAAAUUUUUGUAGACACCACUCCUGAUGAGAAUCACUAUAACCCCAGAAAAAAUCUGCACAUUUUCGAAACUCCAACAACAAGUUCAGAUGAUAGUAUACAUUCAAUUCGGCGAGUUACACUUCAAGAAGUUCCUCGGGUUAGAGUUCUACCUCCUCCAAGUUAUGCGAAAGCUGUCAAAAUAAGUCCACGUCCGAUUUGGAUAAAUUCUGGUCCACCAGAAGAAUCAAAUCCAAUUCAAAAAACACCGAAAACACAUUUGAUAACUCGAUUCGAUCGAUAUUCUCCAUCAUUAACAAUUAAUGUGAGCAGCCGACAAAAAGGUAUAAUUCGAUUAUAUUUGAUAAUUUUAUGAUUCAUGGGAAUUGUUUUUAGUUUUUCCUCCAUCAUCAAUUUCAAACGAAAGUUGGUCUUGUAAAACUGAUUGGAAAUAUUUCGAAAGUUCGAGAACACCAACAUUAAGAGAAGCGAGAAGAAUGGAGAAUAUUGAAAAUGACAGGGUAAGUUUCGAAAUCUUUUAGAAACCAUAAAUUACUUGUCUAUCAACUUUCUAUUUGAUAAACCAGUUUUCAAAAAAAAAUCCCAAGCCAAGUCAAAAAUAAUUAUCAUAUAACAACUAUACGAAAAAUACAAAAAAAACGAACUUCAUUGUGAGUGUAAUGUGAUUCACUAACUUAAUUAUUCUACUACUAUACCUUUGCGCAGUCACUUACAAAUUAUUUUAUCAUUCAUUCGAUUCGAUUUUUUGCCUCCGAUGAGAAAAAAAAAGAAAAACUAGAAUUUUUGUAUUUUUCCUCUGUCUCUCUUCUCAAUUGAUAAUUCAUAUAUCAAUCAUUCAUUUAUCCCAUCUUUUUUGGCUUGUUUUUAUUUGUUCAAUCAAAUGUUUUUUUUCUCAUCAUCGUUGGAAAAUAAUCGAUCAGCUGUUCAACAGUAAUUCUAAAAUAUGUUCUUUUUUUUUAGCACAUGGCUCUGGAUAAUAUAAGUCUUGGAUCGUCAAGACGAACAUCCGAUGAUCAUGGAAGUGUGGCAAGUGACAGUUCGCAAAUUAUGUCAAUGUCUGAACAAAUUGUUAGAUAUAAUAGUAACAAUAAUCCGAGUUCGGUGAGGAAAUCACAAAGUGUAGAAGAUUCUAUUAUGGCGGAAAGGGAAACAGCAUUAGUUGUUCGAUUGGAAAGAGAAUUGACCGAAGCACAAUCUUGUGUAUGUUUUCUCAACGUUUCAUGGAAGAAGAUCAGAUUGAUGGCUCAAUAUUAUUCCAACCUUUUGAAUUAAUAAAUGAAAAUCUAAGUCAUUUUCAGAAUCAUCGUCUAAAUCAACAGCUCAAAAUUCUAGCAAACAGUGGAAAUCAGGCGAUAAAAAAAGAGCUGACAGAAACCAAGGUUAGUUAA